CCCGCGAGGAGAACGGAAGUAGAUGGAAACAAGGAGGCCAGACUGGUUCUGACGUUUGUGGCAAGGGAGAGACAAACAAGAGAGGUCGAAGACAUAUAAACAUGGUACACAUUUGGGACCAUCUCCCGACGACGCCGAAACUACGGGUGUCACUUUUCUCCUUUCUUAUAUGUCUUUUUCUGUCCCUCGGCGACGCCAGGCUACACCGGAGGCGAAGCGUCACCCCCUCCGCGGAGGAAACGGUAGAAACUUACGACAAAUACUACAAUUAUGUUGACUUAACCAGUCGUUUGCGGUCCUUAGCUCAGAAAUACCCUCACAUAGCUAACCUGUCGAGCAUAGGCCGGUCUGUGGAGGGCAGGGAGCUCUGGGUGAUGCGGAUCACCAAGGACCCCGAAGUAGACUCACCGGGGAAACCCAAAUUUAAAUACGUGGGGAACAUGCACGGCGAUGAAACCGUGUCCAGGCAGGUGUUGGUGUACCUUGUGGAGUACCUUCUUAGUCAGUAUGAGGAGGAACCGCGCAUUUCUGAGUUGGUGAACAACACGGAUAUUUACAUCAUGCCCAGUAUGAACCCCGACGGCUUUGAGAAGUCCACAGAGGGGGACUGCGAAGGCGGCGGCGACGGUCGAAGCAAUGCCAAAAAUGAGGACCUCAACAGAAGCUUUCCUGACCAGUUUGAUGACACGCAAGUCAAUCCAGAUCAUAUCCCCGAGGUCAUGGCUGUGAUCAAAUGGAUCCGGGAGAAAAAAUUUGUGCUCUCCGGGAACCUGCAUGGUGGCACUGUGGUUGCCAGCUAUCCUUUUGAUGACUCAGCCUCCCACCAGAGACAGGGCCACUACAGCCAGUCAGAGGAUGACAGUCUGUUUCGCUACCUGGCCCUGGUGUAUUCCCAAAACCACCCUGUGAUGAAAACCGGUCAGCCAAACUGUCCCGAUUCCGAGGACGAAACUUUUAAAGAUGGCAUCACCAAUGGGGCGCAGUGGUAUGACGUGCGUGGGGGGAUGCAGGACUACAACUACCUCUAUGGAAACUGUCUGGAAAUCACCUUGGAGCUGAGCUGCUGCAAAUAUCCUCCUGCUUCUGAGCUCCACAAGGAAUGGGAUCUGAACAGGGAGUCUCUACUGGCCUACAUUGAAAAGAUCCAUAUAGGUGUCCGUGGCUAUGUGAAAGAGGCCAUCAGUGGAUCUGCUCUCACCAACGUCAGCAUUGUGGUGGCAGGAAUUCGCCACAACCUGACCACAGGAAAAUAUGGGGACUACUACCGUCUCCUACUCCCAGGAACAUACAACAUUACAGCUGUGGCUCCAGGGUACACAUCAAUGACAGUCCCUGCUGUCCAGGUCAUGGAGGGCAAAGCCACAGAACUUAACUUUACCUUGGCGCCUGUUGUCAGUGAGACUGCAGGCAGCUCCAAUGUGACUACAGAUUCCAUGCAAUCCACCAGUGAUCCAAACAUCCCCACCACCACCACCACCGCCACUACCAGCUCUUCUAACUCGACCCAAACGCGGGUGGUUCCUUCUGAGGGAAACAAGAACAGCCCUCCUUUACUUCCACCUGAACACCAGCCAUUCCAGCCCGAGGAAUUUCGUCACCACAACUAUGUAGACAUGGAGCUGUUUUUACGCAAAUACAGCAGCGACUUUCCCUCUAUUGUGUAUCUUAACUCAGUUGGUCACUCUGUGGAAGGCCGUGAGCUCUAUGUAAUGGUCAUCUCAGACAACCCCACAGUUCAUGAGCAUGGUGAGCCAGAGUUUAAGUAUGUAGCCAACAUGCAUGGCAAUGAGGUAGUUGGCCGUGAGUUAAUGCUCAACCUUAUUGAGUACCUGUGCCGUAACUAUGGUACUGACCCAGAGGUCACGGAGUUGGUCAACAAUACCCGCAUUCACAUCAUGCCUUCAAUGAACCCUGAUGGCUAUGAGGUAGCUGUUGAAGGUGAUGUGAAGGGCUACAAAGGACGCAACAACAGCAACAAUUUUGACCUGAACCGCAACUUCCCAGACCAGUUUACCACCAUCACAGAGCCCAGACAGCCAGAGACUAUAGCUGUGAUGAACUGGCUUAAGAACACCCCCUUCGUCCUGUCAGCUAACUUGCAUGGAGGCUCCUUGGUGGUGAACUACCCAUAUGAUGAUGACAAAAAGGGGAAAACUCAGUACAGUCAGUCACCUGAUGACAAAGUCUUUCAGCAGGUGUCUAGAGCCUACUCACAGGAGAACGCUCUGAUGCACAAUGGACACCCUUGUGAGUUCCUGUACCCUGAUGAAUAUUUUGAGGAUGGCAUAACCAAUGGCGCCAAUUGGUACAAUGUCCCCGGUGGCAUGCAAGACUGGAACUACUUAAAUACCAACUGUUUUGAGGUGACCAUUGAGUUGGGCUGUGUGAAGUACCCUUUGGCCAAGGACCUUCCUCAAUACUGGGAGCAAAACCGACGAGCCUUGCUUCAGUUUAUUCAUCAGGUUCACAGUGGCAUAAAAGGCACCGUCUCUGACAGUAGGGAUGGUACAGGAAUUCCCAAUGCCACUAUCAGUGUGGAGGAGAUAGACCACAACGUCACCACAGCUCGUACUGGAGACUACUGGAGACUGCUGGUUCCUGGGACUUACUCUGUCACUGCCUCUGCCCAUGGAUAUAAAUCUGUGAGAACCUACGCCACAGUCUCAAAGGACAGAGUGGAGGUGGUGGACUUCAGACUAACACGUGUACACUCAGGCCCUAAUGGCCCCCAGCCCACACAGAACCCCUCUGAGAAGGCGUUCCGGAGCUUGAUCAGGGAGCUCUCUCUAGGCCAGGGUUUGGAGCAGCUGGUCAAGAGCACAGCUACAGAGAGCAGCUUCCGCUACAGAAGCUACAAAGAGAUGUCCGAGUUCGUGAGAGGCCUCACGCUUAACUUCCCCAAAAUUACAUCUUUUCGUAGUUUGGGCCAAAGUGUAGAGUUUCGAACCAUUUUGGCUCUGGAAAUCUCCAACAACCCAGGGGAAGCUGAACCGUCUGAACCCAAGAUCCGCUUUGUAGCCGGGAUCCAUGGCAAUUCCCCAGUGGGCACAGAGCUGCUGCUGGAGUUCGCUGCCUUCCUGUGUAUCAACUAUGGCAAAAACCCAACCAUUACCAGGCUGAUCAAUGAGACCCGGAUUGUCAUCGUGCCCUCCAUCAAUCCAGAUGGACGAGAACAGGCUGUUGAGAAGCAGUGCACCUCCACCCAGGGCUUGACUAAUGCUCACGGCAAGGACCUGGACACUGAUUUCUUUGGCAAUGCGUCUCAGCGUGUGGUGGAGACCCAACCGGAGACCAGAGCGAUGAUGGACUUAAUACUAGAAAAGGACUACACUCUCUCCGUAGCCCUCGAUGGAGGCUCCCUUGUUGCUACCUACCCUUAUGACAAGCCUGUCCAGUCUGUUGAAAAUGAAGGCACACUGAAGUACUUGGCAAGUGUUUAUGCCAACAACCAUCCGAAGAUGCACCUCGGGGACACUGCAUGUUCAAAUAAUGGGCAGGUAAGCAACAUCCCAGAUGGAGUAAUGAGGGCAGCAGAGAGACGAAGUCACAUGGGCAGCAUGAAGGACUUCAGUAUGGACUUUGGCCACUGUCCAGAAAUCACAGUGUAUACUGCCUGCUGUUUGUUCCCUCCUGCUGAGCAGCUGGCCACACUUUGGGCUGAGAACAAGAAGGCUCUCCUAAGCAUGUUGGUGGAGGUCCAUAAAGGGGUGCGUGGUGUGGUGAGAGACAAGAGUGGAAAGCCUAUUGCUGGGGCCAUUAUCGUACUGAAUGGGGGGGUGAGAGUCUUUACUGGAGAGGGCGGCUACUUUCAUGCGCUGCUGGCUCCUGGAAACCACAACAUUGAAGCUGUUGCCGAUGGUUACCAACAACAACGUCAAAAGGUGGUGGUGUCUUCUUAUGAAGCUGCUAACUCCAUCAUCAUUGAGUUUGACAUGGACAACAGCAUCUUUGGCCUGCCUAGAGAGUUUGUGGUGGCCAGUGCAGCGGCAUCCAUGACAGCACUGGUGGUGACGGCGUGCAUCAUCUGGUGUGUGUGCGCGGCCAAGUCUAAUCGUCAAAAAGAUGGCUUCCACCGUUUGCGGCAGCACCGAGAUGAUUAUGAAGAUGAGAUCCGGCUCACGUCUAUGGGCUCCAAGAAGUCGCUGCUUUCCCACGAGUUUCAGGACGACAGUGAAAGCGAUGAGGAGACGCUGUAUGCCAACAAAAUCUGAGAAACGUUGCACUAAUUCAGUUGUUGGCUCAAUAUUUCGUUUUGAUCUCCCCUUUUAAUUCAACUCCUGGCCAACAAGCAACAGGUUGAGAACGAGGCUGCACCUCUCUCUGUGAUCAACUUACAAGAGUGAUAAAGACACUUUGUUCGCAUACACCAACAAGUCCUGAAGGCUCACUCGCAGUCGCUUGGUUAUUAUUGCUACUAAAUUAAUACGUAAAGAGGAUCCUGCUCUGGACUAAAGUGGACAGUCUUUUUUCUGACUGGAUCAGGUCAAAAAGACAGAGACGGGGAUUUUAAAGGAAAAAAAAAAGAGAAGAAUUAAGGUUUGGUCCACUGUGGCCCUGAUCCGUCCAGGUUUUGAAUCCCACAGUGUUUUCAUUUCCAAGCCACACGAGAGUGCCCUUUAAGACCACCAACUGUCCUGCCUGCCUGGCUGAGGGGUCCCAGCCAAUAAGUCCAAAAAAACUCUUGUUUAGAGAAUUUGUAUUGAAUUCUUGAAGUCCUCAGUCUUGCACCACCUCCUCACUGAUCUCGUGUUUUUUCCAACACUGCUUUGAGUUAGGAAAUUAAAAAUUAUCUGUUUUCUUUUAUCCAAUACAUCAUUUUCACAUUGAAGUGUCCGAGCCUUUGGGAGACUGAAUCCAAUACUGUGCCUUGGCUUCUGUAAAGUUCACAGUCUACUCGGGCUGUAGUAUAUGAGAGCAAGCACCGAGAUAGUGAGUAGAUUUUAGUUGGGCCAUGUGGAAGUUUGAUCCAUCCUAUACUCAGGUGGUAGGAAAAGAGAGAUUAUUAAUUGAUGGACUGCUGAAUUACAGCGUUGCACUGUUUCUGCACAGACGAGUCUUGGCUGGCUGGCCUGGAUUGAGUAGAUUUGUGUUUUUUUUCCUGUGAAUCAGUGCGUCGGCUAGAAUCAUAAUAGAGAAUGAGCAAAAGCUUUAAAGCAUCAGGGAGAAAAUGUUACCAAUGAAUUGCUUGAAUGAAACCCUUCCCAGUAAGUGCAGGGUCCUCCAGUGUAUGCAUGGAGAUCACUUGUACUAAAUGGAAAGCAAAGAUUGUCCCAUGUCUUUGGCCAGGAAUAGAAAAUUUCAAUAUGAAAUUUUAAAAAGAAUGUUUUUUUUUUCCCUUUUGUUUUAACUAUAGGUGCAAACUGUCUGUACAUGGAAAGCUGCCAUUGACUUGCGUGCAUGUCACUUUGUGCCCUGUUUUUGUGCAUUCUCACUAUGUCUGUAAUUUUUUCCAAUAAUGAAUAUCAAUUCUAUUUUUAUUUGAAUAUGUUAUUAUUUGCUAAACAAAUCUUUUGGAAGGCAGAAAUUGUACCACGUUUGUCCGUCCAUUCAUGAUCACCGUCUACAAAUUAGGUCAGAGUCAUCCAUUGAACAUGAAAUUCAUAUUUUCCAAACUUGAGAAGAACAAAGGGCGUGUGGAUCACAGUCAACUCGACUGAAGUGUGGUUGAAAGUUGCAAAAAUUCUAGUAAGUUGAUUUUUGAUUUGAGGCUUGUCAGGUGUAAAGCUACCCAGUACACAACUGCCGUUGUGUUGUAAAUUUGAUAUGCUUCAUUUGCAGUUUAAUAUACAGUGAAACUCACAGUACUUGAGAUAGUUGUCAGGGAUGCUACAGACCGAUUGCCUCAGUGACCUUAAAGAACAAUGUAGUCGGGUGUGAAAUGAUUACUCAUUUCUCUCAUACAUUAAAGAAUCUCAUUAGUGAUUGGAUGACGCUGAGUGGGGUAUACGGACCGAUCAAGCGAGCAUAGGUGCACAUAAAGUGAAGAGUUAUUGGAGGACAAAAAAGUUUUGGUAGUCAUAUGAUGAAAUAUCCAGCAUGGCAUAGAAAAUGUCCUGUACCAAAUCACACAAACCGCCAAGAAUUGAAAUUGUGCUUUGCAUCAGAAAUCCAUGUGUAACCAUUCUUAACUUGCACUGGAUCAUUAAAUUCAGGCCUUGUAUUGGAAAUACUGUGCAUGUUUUUCAUCACACGUGUACAUACUCACACACACCCGUUCACAAAAGAAUUUGCCUUGAUUCUCAGUUACUUUGAGAAGAGAUUUUUUUUGCAUAUUAAAACAAAUGCAACUGUCAUCAGUUAAGUUGAACCUGAUAUCUGUGUAGAGACAGUUUUGUAUAUUAUUUUUUUCUUUCUUACAUUGUAUCUCUCAAAAUGUGUGUAUGAAUUAUAUAUAUAUAUAUGAAAGUUGAGGGUGUGUCAGGGUUGUGCAGUGUUGGUGAGCAGAUUUUAUAUAAACUGGAAUCAACUGUAAAUAAUGUUUGCCAAUUGUGAAUGAGAAAUGCACUUCAUGUUAACCAUGAAUAUGCUCAGAAACCUCAAAACACAGUGUAAUAAAACAUCUCACAACUUC